AAAAGUAUAAGUAAAUGUUAGCUCAUAUUAAAACUUUUUACUUUAUUAUUUCCAUAUUUAUGUUUAAAGAAAGAUUAUGAAAUUAUGCAAAAUUGCAAACAUUUGCAGUGAAAAUUUCUUGGUAUAUUUUCUGUAAAACCAAAUAAACAAGACAACACAAGAAUUCUAGGUUCCACGAGGUUCCUGAAUUUUUACAGAUUUUUCAAGGUGGAAAUAUCGAAAUAACUAGAAGAUAGUUCACGACUAUACCUUGAAAACUCUGUAGAAAUUCAGAAACCACAUGGGACCAGAUAAUUUUUAUCUUAGAUUGUUCAUUGGGCUUUAUAGAAAAGAUAUUAACAAAUUUUAGCAUUGCUUAAUCACAAAUAUAUAAAAAAAUAUAAUUUUUCUUCCCUAUCUCUUAUUUAUUACAAUUUUUUUACUUCGGAACUUUUGUCCGAUUGGGUUGCUGACAGGGACUAUUGUGCGUCGCCAGGAUCAUACUCGAUCAUUCUCGAUGAACCGGUUUUCAUCGCUGACAUCUUUCUUUUGACUUUUCUUCGCGUUUCUUUCCACGAAGAUGUUUGUUUCUCCGCGACGAAAGGAAUCGUAAUCCACCGGAGCCAUCCUUUUAUUCCGCCGGUGCAGACGUACGAUAAGCUUGCCCCCCUCCAGCGUUUAGCGUUAGGUGGACGCCGGGAAUCCAUGGAUCCUGGCCUACGCGAGCUUUUGACGUCACCCUGUGACAUUGAGGUUUCCCGAUCUUUCCUUGGACAAGGAGUAAUUGAUACAAGUGUAAUGCGUCUACGAGAAACUUGAUUUUUGUUGUUCUUUGAUGUCUAGUGCUAUGUUCAUGAAAACUUCCGUUUUCUCGGAGGGUAGUCAGUGCACGGUUGAAAAUGGCACUACGGGUGUUUGCAAGAAGCUACAUGAUUGUCCAUCGAGGCUGAAAGAAGUGCAAGAAGGCAGGAGAUCCUGGGAUUCCACGGGUAGAUGCGGGUUUGACGGCUUCAUCGAGAUCGUCUGCUGUCCAGUUCCGUCCAAUUUCACUGAGAAGUUCAACGAUGGGACCAAGAGACCUGCCGAAGUCGCUUGCGAGGAAUACACAAACACAUUGUCGUAUCACAUAUUCGAUGGCAUAGCGGCGAAAUCCAAAGACUUUCCGUACGUGGUUGCACUGGGAUAUAAAAACGAAAAUCCCGAAGAAGGUCCACCAAUCAAAUACACCUGUGGGGGUAGCCUGAUUUCUUUUGAGCACGUUUUAACUGCAGCGCAUUGUGUACACAAUAUAAAUAAAAGAGUUCCCGUUGAAGUAAGAUUGGGCAACGAAGACCUAACCAGCGACGACGAUAAUGUACAACGUAUCCCCAUUAGCGAUAUAAUGUACCAUCCGGAUUAUGCACUCAAUAUAAAUUAUAACGAUGUGGCCGUUUUAAAAUUAAAACAAAAGGUACAGGCCUCAACUUCAGUUAAACCUAUCUGCCUUCAAACUAAAUCCUUAGCUACCGUGAAUAUAACAUCGAAUACGUCUUUCAUAGUGCUUGGAUGGGGUUUGACGAGCUUUGAUAGCUCUACAUCUAAUAAGCUGAUGAGAACACCAAGUAUCAGUAUCGUAGACAGAGAAGAAUGCUCCAAGUAUUACGAAGGAUUUCGCAAAUUGCCUCGCGGCUUCGACGACAGCAUAUUGUGUGCGAUUGACAGAAACGAGAGUAGAAGAUCCGAUGCGUGUCUAGGAGACAGUGGCGGGCCAUUGUUAAUGAUAUCUGAAAACAGCGAAAGCGUUAUCGGGAUUACAGCUUUCAGUCAAUCAUGUGGCACGUCGGUCCCAGGCGUCUACAUGGCUGUGCAUUCGUUCUUAGAUUGGAUCGAGGAGCACGUUUGGCCUGUCGACAAUACAUUGAAAACGAACGUAUUUAAUGUAUCCUUCUCUUUGUCGGUAAAAACCGUUAAUCCAUAAGCAUGACAAGGAAAAUAGCCGUGAACGCGAUCAAAUUUGGACUCAAGCAAAAUUGUCGGUACUUGCCUGUAAAAUGAACAACGAUGAGAUUAACAAAACCAUGAAGUGAUUGCUGAUAAAUUUGCAUCGGUUGACAAAUGAAUUUUAUAAUUUUACCACGAUGAGAAUUUGCCAGCGAUGAUAAUGCGAUAGUGCGUAUAUAAAUGUGAUACGAUUUUUACUUAGUAUGUAAAUGUGAUACAUCUCUCGAUCGAGAUCAUUCCCUUUCUCACGCACCGGAUCAUCGAGAAUCAACUGAACGACACGCGUAAACAUUAACAAAACCCCUUUUUAUUCAUUCACAUUCUGUACAAAUGUAUCUUACAUAAAGUCAACGAUGUCCAUUGUGAUUAUGUAAUAGACGGUGAUCUACAGUUAAACAUCGAUUCCGAAUACUUUGUUCAAGCGAAGCACAAUUGAAUGCAUUCCUACGAUAAAAUUAAGUAGAAUAAAGGAAACAUCGUACAGUCCAUCGUCUUUGUAUUACUAUAUCUUCUUCUUCUUCUUCUUUUUCUUCAACAACUCGUACGAGCCCUUAAGAUGAGAAACUUUCGAAAGUAUCCGAUCGUUUCAUAAUUAGUGCCAUUUUCAGAUUAACUUUUAUCAUAUUCUACAUAAUGACUUUUUAAGUACUGAUAUAUUGACUGCUCAUAUAAUAUUGCACUAUGAUGCAUCUGUAACAUUUAAGAUGGAAAAAGGAACGAUACUGUUUAUGGAACGAUCUGAUACAUGUCUAGUAGGUCUAAAAAGUUCCUAAAAAGCUUUCAUUAUCAGAGAAAGAGUAACAUUUUUGUUAUUUACACAUUAGUUUCUGCAAAAUAUGUUCCCAUAUAGCUGUGUACAUUCUGAACAAUAAUAAAA